UUUCGAAUAUGAAAAUAACAACAAUGAUGGAGAUGUUUAUGUACAACAUGAAUUUAAUGAUACGGACACUAAGGGAUACAUAAUCCGAUCGAAAUUUCAAAAUGACGCUUGCAGUUGUAAGGAGUUUUAUGGAAUUGCAUGUAGCACAAAAAUUGACUUUGAAUCAGCAUGUGAAUUCCGUGAUCACUGUCUUCAAUGUACUAGAGAGGAACUUGCCACUAUCAUUAAGGCAGAGUUAUUUGCACACAGACGGUAUGGUUCUGUAACACAGGCCAAUACACACAGAGAGAAAAACAGAGAAAUACAAUUUCAAGAACAUUUCUUUAAUGGCCACAGAGUGUGUCGUACAACGUUUUGUUUUGUACAUGCUGUUGAGAGGAAGAAGCUACAUAAACUUGCCAGAUAUCUGGAUACAGAUGGAUUUUUACCAAGAAAGCAUGGUAACAGUGGUAAAGCACCGCAAUGAAGCUUAACCAUGAAGGAUCGGGAGCGGAUUAAAACAUUCCUUACCAAGUAUGCUAGUCACCAUGCACUGUCAUUACCAGCUCGAUUGCCAAACUAUAAAUCAGAGAAAAUUCUUCUUCCUUCAGACACAACAACUGCUGAUAUGCAUGCUCUAUAUGAGAGACUAGCAAAAGAAAUGAGCUUCAGAAGUAUACAUCUAAGGACUUUCCAGAGAACAUCGCAUGAGUUAUGUCCAUACAUUACUAUUAUGAAACCAUGCAUUGAUCUCUGUCAACUUUGUCAAGAUUUUUCCCAUAAAUUUUAUAUGGUUUCAAACAUGAAUGACGAGGAAAAAAAGAAAUCCUGUCCCAGUACACUCAACAUGUAUCAGGGGCAAAACAACAAAGGGACUACUACAGACAACAAUGCACACAUAAAGAUACAUUAUUUUCCUUAUCAGAUGAAUCGAAACAGACAGGAAGGUAAAUGUUUUAAUAGAUUGAUGAAGCUGAGAACACUGGGAAGGGUGCAAAUUCUAUCAUUAGUAUGGCUCACCACUUCUUUCAGCACCAUGAUCAUGAAGAGAAAAUAGCCUCCAUACAUUUUGACAAUUGCAAUGAACAAAACAAAAACAAUUGUGUAUUAUGGUAUGGACUAUGGAUAGUUCUUGUUGGACUCCAUAUGAUUGUGGAAUAUUCCAUGAUGGUCGCAGGACACACCACGUUUGAUCCGGACUGGCAUUUCGGAGUCUGGAAAUUGAAGUGGCGUUCAUCCACUGCUGAAACAAUGACUGAGAUUGCAGAAACAGUCCGUCAUUCAUCUCGGCGAGGGCAUAACAUUCCUCAGCUUGUGUCCGAUCCACAAAAACCUGUGCAAUUUAGAGAUUGGAAGUCAUACCUACAGCGCUAUCUUAGGCCUAUGAAAAAAAUUAGAGGUUAUCAUAAUUUCUAUGUGCAUGCUGAGACUCCUGGUGUUGUGGAAUGUAAGGAGCUUUGCAAUUUUGUCCCUGUAUGUGUAAAUUUCUUGAAAGAUUGGAACAUCCUUCCCUCCAUAGAUGAUCCUCUGUCCCAAGAGAUUCUAGCACCUGGUCUUGAGCCUAGGAGACGAUGGUCUUUAUUUGAGGAAAUUCGUGAACAUUGUCGGUCCCCUACUGCGAAAGACAUAUCAUGUCCCAAACCAGUGGUACCUAAAAGGAGGCGACAGUCGAUUCUUCCGCUGCCACAUCACACAUGGGUAAAAGGAAAUGUUUACUCCUUAGAUGAUUUAUGAUACAUGUAAUGUGUGAUAUAAACAGUAUAUAUUGUUAAUGAAAGUGCAUUUUAAUGCAAGGAUGUAUUUAUCUGUUGAUAGUAAUUAUUUAUUUUACAUAGUUGUCUAUUUUUGCGAUGGUUGUCUUGCAGUUGAUACUUGUACCGAUUUGUAAUUUUUUUUUUUUGCUGCGCUCAUUUUUACUGGAACAUGAUAUCUUGUCUACAUGUAAACAUCUUGUAGGAAUGACUAUAUAAUUUCAAUUUACAUGUAACUUGCAUGUAAUUCUUAUUCCAAUGUUCAUUGUUUAUUUGUUUUAAACAUUCAUUGCUUGUUUUUGUGCAAAUAAUGUUUCUUCUUAUCUUAUUAUUUCAAAUGAAAA